CCCGAUUCUAAAACACAAUGUCGCAAAGAGAUGCAGAUAAGUACCUUUAUGUGGACAAAAACAUCAUUAAUAACCCCUUGACUCAGGCUGACUGGGCAGCCAAGAAGCUGGUAUGGGUUCCCUCAGAGAAGAAUGGGUUUGAGGCAGCUAGCCUGAAGGAGGAAGUAGGAGAUGAGGCCAUCGUGGAACUGGCAGAGAAUGGGAAGAAAGUGAAAGUAAAUAAGGAUGACAUCCAGAAGAUGAACCCCCCCAAAUUCUCCAAAGUGGAAGAUAUGGCAGAGCUGACAUGCCUGAAUGAGGCUUCUGUGCUUCAUAACUUGAAGGAGAGAUACUACUCGGGACUGAUCUAUACCUACUCAGGCCUGUUCUGCGUGGUCAUCAAUCCUUACAAGAACCUGCCCAUAUAUUCAGAAGAAAUAGUGGAGAUGUACAAAGGCAAAAAGAGACAUGAGAUGCCCCCUCAUAUCUAUGCCAUCACAGACACAGCCUACAGGAGUAUGAUGCAAGAUCGAGAGGAUCAAUCCAUCCUUUGCACAGGUGAAUCAGGAGCUGGUAAGACAGAGAACACCAAGAAGGUCAUUCAGUAUCUGGCUCACGUUGCUUCCUCACACAAGUCUAAAAAAGACCAGGGAGAACUGGAGAGACAGUUGCUCCAGGCUAAUCCCAUCCUGGAGGCCUUUGGAAAUGCCAAGACAGUAAAGAAUGACAACUCCUCAAGAUUUGGCAAGUUCAUCAGAAUCAACUUUGAUGUCAACGGCUACAUCGUUGGAGCGAAUAUUGAGACCUAUCUGCUGGAGAAGUCACGUGCAAUUCGUCAAGCCAAAGAGGAGAGAACCUUCCACAUCUUUUACUACCUGCUGUCUGGGGCAGGCGAGCAUUUGAAGACUGAUCUGCUGCUGGAGCCUUACAACAAAUAUCGCUUCCUUUCCAAUGGGCAUGUUACGAUCCCGGGUCAGCAAGACAAAGACAUGUUUCAGGAGACCAUGGAGGCAAUGAAGAUCAUGGGCAUCCCGGAUGAGGAGCAGAUAGGUCUGCUGAAGGUUAUCUCAGGUGUUCUUCAACUUGGCAACAUAGUCUUCAAGAAGGAGCGUAAUACAGACCAAGCCUCUAUGCCAGACAAUACAGCUGCUCAGAAAGUGUCUCACCUCUUGGGUAUCAAUGUGACUGAUUUCACUAGAGGUAUCCUGACUCCUCGCAUCAAGGUUGGGCGAGAUUAUGUCCAGAAAGCUCAGACCAAAGAGCAGGCUGACUUUGCCAUUGAAGCGCUGGCUAAAGCCACUUACGAACGUAUGUUCCGGUGGCUGGUUAUGCGUAUCAACAAGGCAUUGGAUAAGACCAAGCGACAGGGUGCGUCCUUCAUUGGAAUCCUUGACAUUGCUGGCUUUGAGAUUUUUGAGCUAAACUCCUUUGAGCAGUUGUGUAUUAACUACACAAAUGAAAAGUUGCAGCAGCUCUUUAACCACACCAUGUUCAUUCUGGAGCAAGAGGAAUACCAGAGGGAGGGCAUAGAGUGGAAUUUCAUUGACUUUGGCCUGGAUCUGCAGCCCUGCAUUGAUCUAAUAGAGAAGCCGGCUGGGCCACCUGGUAUACUGGCCCUGCUGGAUGAAGAGUGCUGGUUCCCAAAAGCAACAGACAAAAGCUUUGUGGAAAAAGUUGUACAAGAACAAGGCACCCACCCCAAAUUUCAGAAGCCAAAACAGCUGAAAGACAAGGCUGACUUCUGUAUCAUACAUUAUGCUGGCAAGGUGGAUUAUAAAGCAGAUGAAUGGCUGAUGAAGAAUAUGGAUCCACUGAAUGAUAACAUUGCUACUCUUCUCCACCAGUCGUCGGAUAAGUUUGUGUCAGAGCUGUGGAAAGAUGUUGACUGUAUUGUUGGGCUGGAUCAGGUAGCUGGCAUGUCAGAUACAGCAUUGCCAGGGGCCUUUAAAACCAGGAAGGGUAUGUUCCGAACGGUGGGACAGCUCUAUAAAGAACAGCUGGCUAAACUGAUGGCUACCUUGAGGAACACCAACCCUAACUUUGUCCGUUGUAUUAUCCCCAACCAUGAGAAAAAGGCUGGAAAACUAGAUCCCCACUUGGUCCUCGACCAGCUUCGCUGUAAUGGAGUGCUGGAAGGAAUCCGUAUUUGUCGUCAAGGUUUCCCCAACAGAGUUGUAUUCCAGGAAUUCAGACAAAGAUAUGAAAUUUUAACUCCAAAUGCAAUUCCCAAAGGAUUUAUGGAUGGAAAGCAGGCUUGUGUGCUGAUGAUCAAAGCAUUGGAGCUGGAUUCCAACCUUUAUCGAAUUGGACAGAGUAAAGUGUUUUUCAGAGCUGGAGUCCUUGCUCAUCUUGAAGAAGAGAGAGACCUGAAGAUCACAGAUGUCAUUAUUGGCUUCCAAGCAUGCUGCAGAGGCUACCUGGCCAGAAAAGCCUUUGCCAAGCGCCAGCAGCAAUUGACAGCCAUGAAAGUGCUUCAGAGGAACUGUGCUGCUUAUUUGAAACUGCGGAACUGGCAAUGGUGGAGGUUGUUCACCAAGGUGAAGCCCCUUCUGCAAGUAAGCAGACAAGAAGAGGAGAUGCUGGCCAAGGAAGAAGAACUAAUAAAGGUCAAGGAGAAGCAGCUAGCUGCAGAAAACAGACUGAGUGAAUUGGAGACCUUCCAGGCCCAGCUAAUGGCAGAGAAGAUGCAGCUGCAGGAACAGUUGCAAGCAGAAACUGAACUCUGCGCUGAAGCUGAGGAGAUAAGAGCCCGCCUGACAGCCAAGAAACAAGAACUGGAGGACAUAUGUCAUGAUCUGGAAGCAAGGGUGGAGGAAGAGGAAGAACGGUGUCAACAUCUGCAGGCUGAAAAGAAGAAAAUGCAGCAGAACAUCCAGGAACUAGAGGAGCAGCUUGAAGAAGAGGAAAGCGCAAGGCAGAAGUUGCAGCUAGAAAAAGUGACCACAGAGGCCAAACUGAAGAAACUGGAAGAAGAUGUGAUAGUUCUGGAAGAUCAGAAUCUCAAAUUGGCAAAGGAGAAGAAACUGUUGGAAGACAGAAUGUCUGAAUUUACAACGAACCUGACAGAGGAAGAGGAGAAAUCUAAGAGUUUAGCCAAACUCAAGAAUAAGCAUGAGGCCAUGAUCACAGACCUUGAAGAACGUCUGCGACGUGAAGAAAAGCAGAGGCAAGAGCUGGAAAAGACUCGUCGAAAGCUUGAAGGGGACUCCAGUGAUCUGCAUGACCAGAUUGCUGAGCUGCAGGCUCAGAUUGCAGAACUCAAAAUGCAGCUGGCCAAGAAGGAAGAGGAGCUGCAGGCAGCCUUAGCUAGGGUGGAAGAAGAGGCAGCUCAGAAGAACAUGGCCCUGAAAAAGAUCAGGGAACUCGAAUCCCAGAUCACUGAGCUGCAGGAAGACCUGGAGUCAGAGAGAGCAUUCAGGAAUAAAGCCGAAAAACAGAAGCGGGAUCUGGGAGAAGAGCUGGAAGCAUUGAAAACAGAGCUAGAAGACACGCUAGAUUCUACGGCUGCUCAGCAAGAGCUCAGGUCAAAGAGAGAACAAGAAGUAACAGUUCUGAAGAAGACCCUUGAAGAUGAGGCAAAGAGUCAUGAGGCUCAAAUCCAAGAGAUGAGGCAGAAACAUUCACAAGCUAUUGAAGAGCUGGCAGAGCAGUUAGAACAAACCAAACGGGUGAAAGCAAAUCUUGAAAAAGCAAAACAAGCUCUGGAAAGUGAGAGGGCUGAACUGUCCAAUGAGGUGAAGGUUCUUCUGCAGGGCAAAGGGGAUGCUGAGCACAAGCGGAAAAAAGUAGAUGCUCAGCUCCAAGAACUGCAGGUGAAAUUUACAGAAGGUGAAAGAGUGAAGACCGAACUGGCUGAGAGGGUUAACAAAUUGCAGGUCGAGUUGGACAAUGUCACAGGUCUUUUGAACCAGUCUGACAGCAAAUCAAUCAAAUUAGCAAAGGACUUCUCUGCUCUGGAAUCACAGCUUCAGGAUACACAGGAGCUGCUGCAGGAGGAGACUCGCCUAAAACUGAGCCUCAGCACUAAGCUGAAGCAAAUGGAGGAUGAGAAGAACAGUUUGAAAGAGCAACUGGAAGAAGAGGAGGAGACAAAGAGAAACCUGGAGAAACAGAUUUCUGUUCUUCAGCAACAGGCAAUAGAUGCAAAGAAGAAGAUGGACGAUGGUCUGGGCUGCCUUGAGUCAGCAGAGGAAGCCAGGAAGAAGCUGCAGAAGGACUUGGAGGGCUUGAGCCAGCGUUAUGAAGAGAAGGCAGCUGCUUAUGACAAGCUGGAAAAAACAAAGACCCGCCUGCAGCAAGAGCUGGAUGACCUCGCCGUGGACCUCGAUCAUCAGCGGCAGAUCGUUUCCAACCUAGAGAAGAAGCAGAAGAAGUUUGAUCAGCUAUUGGCAGAGGAGAAGAACAUCUCUGCGAAGUAUGCAGAAGAACGGGACCGUGCUGAGGCAGAAGCCCGUGAGAAGGAGACUAAGGCCCUCUCCCUGGCCAGAGACCUGGAAGAAGCCAUAGAGCAGAAAGCUGAGCUGGAACGGAUCAAUAAGCAGUUCCGUGCAGAGAUGGAAGACCUGAUGAGUUCAAAGGAUGACGUUGGGAAAAGUGUCCAUGAGCUGGAGAAGGCUAAGCGAGCCCUGGAGCAGCAGGUGGAGGAGAUGAAGACUCAGCUGGAAGAGCUGGAGGAUGAACUGCAGGCCACAGAGGAUGCCAAACUGCGGCUAGAAGUGAACCAACAGGCCAUGAAGGCACAGUUUGACCGGGAUCUCCAGGGACGUGAUGAGCAGAAUGAAGAGAAGAAGAAACAGCUGAUUAGACAAGUGCGGGAGCUGGAGGUGGAAUUGGAAGAUGAACGAAAACAGCGCUCCAGUGCUGUGGCUGCCAGGAAGAAGCUAGAGAUGGAUCUGAAGGAUUUGGAAAGCCAUAUAGACACUGCUAACAAGAGUCGUGAAGAAGCCAUCAAGCAGCACCGCAAACUGCAGGCACAGAUAAAGGAUUACAUGCGGGAACUGGAGGACACACGUACUUCCAGAGAAGAGAUCUUGGCACAGGCCAAAGAAAAUGAGAAGAAAUUGAAGAGCAUGGAGGCAGAGAUGAUCCAAUUGCAGGAGGAACUUGCAGCUGCUGAGCGUGCCAAGCGCCAGGCCCAGCAAGAAAGGGAUGAGCUGGCUGAUGAGAUUGCCAACAACAGUGGUAAAGGAGCACUGGCCAUGGAGGAAAAGAGACGCUUGGAGGCCCGGAUAGCUCAGCUGGAGGAGGAGUUAGAAGAAGAACAGGGCAACACAGAGAUAAUCAAUGACCGUCUCAAGAAAGCAAAUCUCCAGAUUGAUCAGGUGAACGCUGACCUGAAUGCUGAGCGUAGCAACGCGCAGAAGAAUGAGAACGCUCGCCAGCAGAUGGAGCGCCAGAACAAGGAGCUUAAGCUUAAACUGCAGGAGAUGGAGUGUGCAGUGAAGUCCAAGUACAAGGCUACCAUCACGGCCUUGGAAGCAAAGAUAGCGCAGCUGGAGGAGCAGUUGGACAUGGAGACAAAGGAGCGCCAGGCUGCCAGCAAGCAGGUGCGUCGUGCCGAGAAGAAGCUGAAAGAUAUCUUGCUGCAGGUGGAUGACGAGAGGCGUAAUGCUGAGCAAUUCAAAGAUCAGGCGGACAAGGCAAACAUGCGCUUGAAGCAGCUGAAACGCCAGCUUGAGGAAGCAGAAGAAGAGGCCCAGCGAGCCAAUGCAUCCCGUAGGAAGCUCCAGCGUGAGCUGGAGGAUGCCACUGAAACAGCUGAUGCAAUGAAUAGAGAAGUCAGCUCCCUGAAGAACAAACUCAGGCGCGGGGACCUGCCCUUUGUCGUGACACGUCGGUUGGUCAGGAAGGGUACAGGAGAGUGCUCCGAUGAGGAAGUGGACGGCAAGGCAGAGGCUGGUGAUGCCAAAGCUACUGAAUAAGUCCUCCCAUUUGACCCAGGUUACAUGUGAUGGAGUGACCCAUCCACCCUCCCCUCUUCCACUGGACUUGCAGCAAACCCUUUCCUCCUGAACUGGCUGGGGAUCUGCAGAGCAAGCCCAGCUCUGUGUAUCUGGAGCCAUUGGGCAUCUGUGUUCCUAGCUUCCUCCUCUUUCCAGUUUCCUAAUCCUCUUUGUAUUUAAUGCCAAAGAGCCGGGGCUCUGAAAUCUGACCAGCAGUUUGGCCCCUACAAAGGCCUGUAGAACUGUCCGUGCCGUGUCUGCUGGUGCCUCCUUACAGU